UAUGAUAAAACGAAACUUCAGCAGAGACGGAAAUGUGUCUGAGCGAAAAGACUUCCUAAACCAGAACAGCCAACAGGAACACGCAGUACGUCCAGCAGAGAUGGUCUGUGCCUAACUGGACAGCAGGAAGAGGAUUGAGGACCCACUCGGUUCUGAAGUCACUGAAGCCUGAAGAUGAAGUGUCCACAGUGUUCUCAUGAUAUUUUGGAAAAGAAACCCAAGUUUUGCAGUGAAUGUGGCAUAAAGCUUUCUGCCACACCAUCAAACACAGAGGGUACAGGAAAUCAGCCAAAACCAUUGAUAGCAAACUCAGAGAGCAAAACUGAGGAAUCAGAGCCUGCAGAGAACAAAGAAUCCAAUAAAUCACCCAAACGACCAAAUGAUGAACAGCCCAAUCCAAAGAAAAAGGUGAGAAAGAAAAAAAGAAAGAAGAACAAAAGAAAGAAAGACGACAACAUGCCAUCAGAUCAAGAUCAAAGCCAGUCUGACCUGUCACACGUAUCUCUGGAAGACAAUCAGAGGAAGACGCAAGAAAAAGGAGGCUCCAGUGAGAGUGAAAGCUCAGACGGUGAAGUGGAAGAAACAGCCGUCUCAGUCCAAGAUGAUUUCUCCUUGGCAGAAAAGCAGCCUACUUCACUACCGGCUAAUAGCACAGCAGCCUCUUCUGAAAACAGUCAGAGUGAAAAACCUGCAUCUACAGAUGAGGGCACUACAGCGAGCCAGUCUGAGGAAACCCCAGUUAAUGUUGAAGAGAAUAAGAACGAUGCCAAUAAGUCAUCUCAGAAUGAAGCACCUGAGAAAGCAGCUGGUGAUUCUUCAGCUCAAGCUCAAAUCUCAAUGGACAAGAAAACCUCUCAGUCAGCUUCAGCUGAGGGGGAAAAGCCUGCUGAUCCAAAGGGGGGAAAGCCUGCUGAUCUUAAAGAACAAAAGGCUGCCCCAAAGGCUCAAAGAAACAAGAAGCAAUCUAAUGGGAAUCAGGAUGUGAAUUUAGAUCCAAAUGCAAAUGAAACAGAAGAAACAAAGGCAAAGGGUAAAGGUCAGGAUGGUCAGAAACAAAAAGGAAAAAGUCAGCAGAAACAAAAUCAGCAUUCAGCGCCAUCAGAGAUUAAAACCACGGGCUCCAGUGUGGACCCAGUGGAGAAAAUGGAAUAUGAGGAGCCUGGGAACAGGAAAGGCACAACUUCAGGUGGUGACAGCAAUAAAGCCAACACUCAACCAGCACCACCCCCUAAAACGCAGGUCCAAAACAACAUCACCACACGAGACAGGCUCACAAUUUACUUCCACGCAGUUCUCUCGAAAGAUUUUAAAUUUGAUCCUAAUAAAGAUCAAAUCUUCAUCAGAGCUGGAAAACCUAUUGCAGAUAGCUGGGAUAAUAAUGUAGCUGAGCUGCAUGUAACCAGGGAGCUUGGAGAGCACGGUUUUCUUGUUGAAGGAACGCUGACAACGAGCAAAACCAAAACUGUGUCUGAGUCCAUAGCGUAUAAAUAUGUUGUCUACAAGAAGGAGAACUAUGAGUAUGAGUACAUAUACAAACUGGACUCUUCACAAUACCAUACCAACAGGUGUUUGUUUGUGAAACCCCACCUCAUCACUGAAUAUGGGGACUGGCAUCAGUAUGAUGACAUCAUCUGUGCUGAGCCAUCAAAGAACAUGCUGAAGCGUAUCAAGGAGACAUUUUUGCCUGAAACGCGUACAAAUCUGAUUCAAGGAAGAGUAAUUGCUGCAAAUGUAAUGUUGGAGUCCAUAUUUGAUCUUCUAAGGAGCUGGAGUGAUACCAAUCUAAAAAGUUUUCAAAUCCAGUUAAAUCAGUUCUUCCAGGUUUAUGCAAACCCUUUUGUAUAUGAAGAGAAGCAAAAGAAAUGGUACUCCUUAAACUUUGGGGAAGAUGAUGUGAGGAAGAUCCUGAAAGAGUUCAUGCUGACACAGGUGAUCCCUCAGCUCAAGGAAGGAAAUGAGAAAGGUCUCUACAUCCAGGACCCCUUGAGAACAGCUGUGAUCAUGCUUUAUGUGUGGAAACACUAUCAAAUCAAACUUGAAAACGCUGAGCUUCACCGCCUCUGUUCUGCACUGUGUUUGCCUAAACUAGAGAAGGACAAAUUCCUUCAGUACUGGACAAAUUUUUCUCAAGAUGUCUCGGUACUCAAAAAUUUGCCAGAAAUGCUGCUGGAUCUGUUAAAAACUGUCAAAAGAGCAAACAUGCCUCGAUGGAUUAUAUUACUGCCACUCCUUCAUCUGCUGAGAGACAUAAAGCCCUUUGAAGGAAAAACCUCUGGAAACACAAAGUAUAGCUUGUCCUGGGCAGGUUUGGAAGGCAUUGACAUUAGCAGCCAGAUGUACCUAAACAGUCAAGAGAGGAAAGCACUUCUAAAUGUGAUGAAAAACAACAGUCAUUUGAUGAAGGUGGAUCCACUUUUUGUUCGGUCCUGCUUGUACCUGAUGCCACUUGAUGAACAGUUGGAGUGUAGCAUCAGCAUUAAUCCCGAACUUCUGGACAUACUUAAUGUUUUUACUAAUAAAGUUCCUCAGGAAAUAAAUGGCAGCAGUUCUCAGGUUGUCACUGAAAUUCUUGCCUACAUCCAAGAGCAUCUUAUUGAGGAAAAAUACAGCUGCUUCACACAAGCUUACAGGAAGGACUGUUUGGCAACAGCAAUGAGAUUGUUAGAAAAGGUCUGCAGAGGAGUCAAACCAGGAUCAUAUAUCCAAAACUUUCCUGAAAUCCCUUUGGCAGCGAUUAAUCUUGUUGCAUCAGUUUUAGACUUCCUUCUGUCUAACAAGCAACAGGAGACUCAAGAUGGAGAUGGAGAACAGCAAAAUGCAAAAGAUUUGGUAACCUCUCAGGGGAUGAGAAUAAUGAGAAACUGGAUGAAUCAGUCAUUCAAACAAAGUUUGUUAAGUAUGGGAUUUUCAACCUAUUACAACGCUAAAAAAGAGGAACUGGAGACAUGGAACAACAUUAUCUCCAUUAACUUUAAAGAUAAAGAAUGCACGAACAAAUGGAGGCAAACAUUUAUAAUGGACUUUGAGGGCAAGUUCAAACAGGAAUCUGCUCUCAAUCAAAUUGAAUUCUACUGCACAAACAUAGAGGAACUUAGUGCUUCCUAUCCACAUGUUGCUGCCAGUGUUGAGAAGUGUGCUCUUGAAGCUGUUACAUCUUUGUGCCAGACCAGGUCUGAAGGGAAACUGUUUGAGAGGUUUAAAAUAAACUGGAAGUUCGGGAAUCUCAUUUCUGCCAUUAUUCAAAAAUCCUGGCCAAGGGAUGGUCAAGGAAACUAUCAGGAACAGGAAGAAGUGGUCCUUCAACACCUCCUCUCCUGGACAGCAGCCAAAGACAUUUUCCAUCUAUAUGGCACAGACACAAAGCUGAUUGAGAAGCUCUCUCAAGAUGCCAGAGACCGAUUGGCCAUAGCCAUAUCAGCAUUCACAGCCAUAAGCAACCAGCUGAUACAGGGAGACAUUAGGAUCAGCCUGCUCAACAUCAUUCUGAAGAGGAAAGACGCCUUCUUAGAACUGCUGAAGAUUGACUGCCUGACUGAGAAGGAACAACACAAGGAUCUUUCAAAAAUGAGGAGGCUUUUACAAUACAGAGAAGAUGAAGUUAAAGCUGUGUACCAUGAAAAGGAGCUUGUGGAUGUUAUAUUAACAAUGAGUCACAAACUUGAGGAAUAUAUGACAGUGGACGUUUCUGAUCUGGAGGAAAAAACACAAGUCAACAUUGAGACGAUGUCCCUGGACCAUUUCAUGGAAGUUCAUUACUUUGACCAGCUGGCAACCACAUUGUCUGGUAUUGUUACCUUCUUCAGCCUGGAGGAAGAAAUCAGAGAAAUGGCAGAAUUCCUGUACACAUUUAAUGAAAGUAUUGUCUUCCGAGGGUGUUGGGAAAAAUUUGCUAUACAGAUGGCCAAGGACGGAAUGGAAGAUGACAAUACUGUAGAGCAUCAAAUAGUGGACAUCGGGGCAACACCAGAAAUGAUAUACGAUGAGAUUUACUUGCCUUGUAUUAAUGAAUACAAAGAUAUCUAUUCUUGUUUAAAAAAUGGAAGCAUAAGACUUGAAGAAGUCAACCAGCUUUUCAAAGCCUACAAGGACAAAUACGAUGAUCUCACUCAGGAACUUAACAUUAUGUGUGAACUUGAAAAAUCUACAAACAAGCAGUGGAUCCACAACAGGGUUGAACAGGUUCAGCAAUAUCACGAGCUUCAUCUCGCUGUGGCCUCUGCUCAAGUUAUCAUAAAGGUCAAAGACACACUUGGUCUGCAAGGGGACUUCAGAGUUUUGGAAACACUGACAAAUGCGAUUCAUGCAGACUUUCAGAGAGAGCCACUAAAUAGGAUUGACAAUGACUUGAUGCAGGCAAAGAUGGUGCUGGUUGACAUUACGGAGCCCCGCAGAUUGUGUUUAGAUGAGCUGGGACUUAGACAACACUUUGUGAGAUGGGUGAAGGAUGCCCUUGAGGAUAUCAAUGAGUUGAAGGUGUUUGUCGACUUGGCUUCCAUCUCUGCUGGAGAGAAUGAUAUGGAUGUGGAUCGUGUAGCUUGCUUCCAUGAUGCAGUCCUUGGUUAUUCUUCUGUGCUGUAUGAGCUUAAAGCAGACUCUGGUUUUCCUGCUUUCAAAGAAGUGCUCAAAAAGCUCUGGAGAGCUUUGGAGAAUGACAACAAUUUGCCAAAAAAACUGCGUGACAGCGCACGUCAUCUUGAGUGGUUAAAAACUGUGAAGGACAGCCACGGGUCAGUAGAGCUAUCCUCUCUCUCUUUAGCCACAGCCAUCAACAACAAAGGAAUCUACCUAAUUAAUGCACAAGGUGUAAAAAAGUUGAGUCUUGAAACUGCCCUGAAGCUGCAGAUCCCUGAGGAGCACGAUGAAGGUCGACAUAUGCGCUGCUACUCUCUUGAAGACCUAAGGGAGCUGCAAAACAAACUCAUGCUUAUGUCUGGAAAAGGGGAUCAAGGACAGAAUGAAGUUGAACAUUUUGUAGAGGUUUUUGCCAGUGUUCAAAGACUAACAGAAGCCUUCAUUGCUCUAUACACUGCUGGAAAUCCUCUGUUCAGACACUGGGAAGUGCAAAUUAAUUGCUCCUCACGUGGCUUUGAAUCUAGCAUUUUGAUGGAUUUUAAUUUGGACAGUGCACCCAAUGUCAUCGUGGAGAGCAGCACAGAUGAGCAGCUUCCUGAACUCUGUAGAAAAAUGGAGAAAUGUCUGGAAUACUGGAUGAACUUUGUACACAAACAGAGAUCCCAACAUUACUUCUUAAAUUACUACACGGCCGAGCAGAUUGUCUACCUAUGUAGCAAGCUGACGCAGCAAAAUGUAAAUAAUGUCGAGGACCAAGUUCUUAUGAUGCUCUCCUUCAUCAAGCCAAAUUGCACAUCUAAAGAUCUGAGGCAAGUUUGGCACGAGCUCCAAUAUCAAAUCAUUACAAAACCCGAAGAUCAAAACGAGGACAUUGAGUUUCAGACUUUUGUUGUAGUGUCAAGAAGUGACCUGGAAGAGUUCUCAAGUGAAUUGGAUCCUUUGCCAAGUCUUGUGGAAAAAGCAAAGGGUCUUCAGUUAUUUGAUCACAUAUGGAAUGCUUACAUGAAAGACAUGAAGAAUUUUCUUCCCAACAUUCUUGAUAUAAAAAGUCUUGGCCGACUGUUAGAAAUACUGGCCAACAAAGAUGACGAGGAUGAAGAAGAUGACAGUGAAGAAGACAUUUCUGAUGACAACAUUAGGAAUAUCAUAAACAGGCAGCUGCCUAGAGGUUUGGUCACUGGAAAGCCAAAUCUCGUUGUUUGUCCGCAUGAUGAUGCCUUGACAUCUUGCAUCUCAGUUUACAUGAGCAGCAAAGAUGAAGCUCUUCCCACCUAUGAUGAAGUCCUACUGUGCAAUCCCUCAACUCCAUAUGAACAAGUGGAGCUAUUCCUCAGGCGCUGCCUUGGCACUGGGUACAGGGGACAGAAGAUAUACUCUCUAGUAUAUGGAGAUCUCCUGAGUUACGAUGUUAGCUCUAAAGUUGAGAACUUUUUCCAGCGGAUGAAAAUGCAGAGCAGGAAAAACUACAGCCUUGUCAUCAUUUGUAGCUCAGAGAGAGAACAUGCAUACCUUCCAUCUGCCUUCAGCCAGUACAGGUUGCACAUGAUUCCCCAAGAGCCAUUAGCGGGGAUCCAGCAGUACCUCCACAAACACUACACUGUCCCAGCAGAACAGUGCAGCGCUGCAGCAGCAUUCAAAGACAGACUCUGUGUUGGUGUUGUCUCGUCUCAGAGGGCUGGUGUUGGUAAAUCUCUGUACAUCAGGAGGCUGUAUGAAAAACUUGAGCACUCAAAUAAAGAGCAGUCAAUGUUGAAAUGCAUUUGCUUGAUUGAACCUAAAGUUGAUGAGACUACCAUCCUUCAGUCUUUGCUCGACACUCCUAAAAGAAAAGAGCUCAUUAUUUUCCAUUUUGAUGUCACAUCAUCGGUCCAGAAAGGUCUCCAAGAAUUCCUCUUCAAAUUGUUGGUUCUGCGUUAUUUGAUGGACUCUGAGGGGAAAAUGUGGAGGUGCAAUGACAAACAGCUGUAUGUGAUAGAGAUUUUAGAGCCCACUGUCAAGUCAACAAGAAAUGCUACUCGGGAGGCACAAACAGCAAAUGGCACGUUUUUGGACGUGUUUCCUAAUAUUUUCUGUCGACCACCCAAAGAGGUCCUCAUGCUAGAGAUGAGAAUGCAGGAGGAUCCUAACAUUGUGAGCAGUGAUGACCCACUGAUGGAUGAUAAAGAGUUCAGGAGUGAGGCCUUUCAGCGGCCUUAUCAGUACCUGACACGGUUCUAUAACCACAUCGAUCUAGAUGUGUUUACAUAUCAGGGUGUUGAGGGGUCACAUGUACAAUGUCUUCAGAUGCUUCUCAUGUACUGUGGUGUAAUGGACCCAUCCUGGGCUGAACUUAGAAAUUUCACUUGGUUUCUUAACCUGCAACUGAGAGACUGUGAGACAUCAGUUUUUUGUGAUGCCACUUUCACUGGGGACACACUCAGUGGAUUUAAAACCUUUGUGGUGGACUUCAUGAUUCUGAUGGCCAAGGACUUUGCCACUCCAUCACUAAGCAUCUCUGACCAGAGUCCUGGCAGGUCACAAGUUAAUCUGGCUGGUGUCCGAGAUGAAGAUCUGGCUCCUUUUCUCAUCAGAAAAAGAUGGGAAACUGAACCACAUCCAUACAUCUUCUUUAAUGAUGAUCAUGUUUCCAUGACCUUUAUUGGUUUUCAUCUUCAACCCAAUGAUCAGAACUAUGUUGAUGCCAUUGAGCCCACAUCUGGAAGGGUCAUCAGACAGAACGUCAUGACCAGAGCAUUGUAUGAAGGCCUACAGCUUCAAAGAGUUCCUUUCAACAUUGACUUUGAUACCCUUCCAAGAUGGGAGAAAAUAGAGCGAAUCUGCAAUGUGCUUGGUAUCCAGUGGCCUCUUGACCCCGAUGAGACAUAUGAACUCACAACAGACAACAUAUUAAAGAUGCUAGCAAUCCAUAUGCGGUUCAGAUGUGGCAUACCUGUCAUCAUAAUGGGAGAGACAGGGUGUGGCAAAACCAGGCUGAUAAAAUUCCUUUGUGAAUUGCGAAGAACUGGAGUCGCAACUGAGAACAUGAAACUGGUCAAGGUGCAUGGAGGGACAACCUCAGAGAUGAUCUAUGCUAAAGUCAAAGAAGCAGAAGACAUUGCUUAUAUCAACAAGCAAGACUUUGGGUUUGACUCUGUGCUUUUCUUUGAUGAGGCCAAUACUACAGAGGCUAUCAGCAGUAUCAAGGAGGUCCUCUGUGACAAGACCGUGAAGGGAGAAUAUUUAACACCCAACUUAGGGUUGCAGAUCAUUGCUGCAUGCAAUCCCUACAGAAAGCACACAGAUGACAUGAUUCAAAGGUUGGAAUCUGCUGGCCUUGGGUACCGAGUUAGAGCAGAAGAGACUGAUGAAAAACUGGGGUCUAUACCUUUACGCCAGCUAGUGUAUAGAGUUCAAGCAUUGCCACCAAGCAUGAUACCUCUGGUAUGGGACUUUGGACAGUUAAAUGAUCACACAGAAAAAAUAUACAUCCAGCAGAUUGUGCAAAGAGUCACUACAACCAAAGCAAUUGAUCAAACUUACAUUCAAUGCAUCACGGAUGUUCUUUCAGCCUCACAGAAAUACAUGAGGACCAGGAAGGAUGAAUGCAGCUUUGUCAGUUUGAGAGAUGUGGAGCGCUGCAUGCAAGCUUUUGUUUGGUUCCAUGACCACCAUGAAAUGUUCUUUUCAGAGCUUCAGAAAUUUGAGAGUAGUCAAAACAAAGAAGGAAAUGAAGGACACCACAGAGAUCCUGAGGAUCGAGAUCCUGUUCUCUGGUCGCUUGUCAUGGCCAUAGGAGUGUGCUAUCAUGCCUGCCUUGAAAAUAAGGACAAAUACAGACAGAAAAUCAGCAAGCGACUACCACCAUCAUAUAAACCAGUGAGAUUAAUGCAUGACAUCUCACUCAUGCAAGAUUUACUUUUGAGUGGUGUGCCAAUGGGAGAUACUAUUGCAAGAAACAGUGCCCUCAAAGAGAACGUCUUCAUGAUGGUUCUCUGCAUUGAGCUAAGAAUCCCCCUCUUUUUAGUUGGAAAACCUGGAAGCUCAAAGUCCCUUUCUAAAACUCUAGUAGCAGAUGCCAUGCAGGGCCAAGCUGCUCAUUCUGACCUUUAUAAGAUGCUCAAACAGAUCCAUUUGGUGUCUUUCCAGUGUAGCCCUCACUCAACUCCAGAAGGCAUCAUCAACACAUUCAAGCAAUGUGGGCGGUUUCAGGAAGGGAAAAACCUGAAUGAGUACAUUUCAGUUGUGGUUCUUGAUGAAAUUGGGUUGGCAGAGGACUCUCCAAAGAUGCCGCUAAAAACUCUUCACCCAUUGCUGGAAGAGGGUUGCAUUGAUGAUGAACCACUACCACACAAAAAGGUUGGAUUCAUUGGUAUUUCCAACUGGGCACUAGACCCUGCAAAGAUGAAUAGGGGCAUUUUUGUCUCACGUGGUGACCCUGAUGAGAAAGAACUCAUUGAGAGUGCUAAAGGCAUAUGCUCGUCUGAUGUAAUGGUUUUAGAGAGAGUUCGUGAUUUCUUUAAACCAUUUGCAAGAUCCUACUUGAACAUUUGUCGGAAACAAGGGAAAGGAUUCUUUGGCCUACGUGACUAUUACAGCUUGAUAAAGAUGAUCUUUGCUGUGGCCAAAACCUCUCAACGAAAGCCCACAGCAGAGGAGAUUGUUAAGGCUGUGUUGAGAAAUUUCAGUGGCAGGGAUGAUGUAGAUGCAGUUGUUGUCUUUACCGAAAGACUUCAAAUUGCUCCAAAUCUGGAGAACAUCAACACCAUUGAGUUUGUGAAAGAAAACAUUCAAGCUGUGGGACAAGAGGAAGAGUGUCGGUACCUCCUUGUGCUAACAAAAAACUAUGCAGCCCUACAGAUCCUACAGCAAACAUUCUUUUCAGAAAGUGGUCAACCAGAAAUAAUCUUUGGAUCUAGCUUUCCAAAAGACCAAGAGUACACCCAAAUCUGUCGCAACAUCAACAGAGUGAAGAUAUGCAUGGAGACAGGUCAAACAGUUGUGCUUCUAAACUUGCAAAACCUCUAUGAAAGUCUCUAUGAUGCCCUCAAUCAGUACUAUGUAUGCUUGGGAGGACAGAAAUAUGUCGAUCUUGGAUUAGGAACCCAUCGUGUUAAGUGCAGAGUGCACAAAGACUUCCGCCUAAUUGUCAUUGAGGAAAGAGAAGUGGUCUACAAACAAUUCCCGAUACCUCUCAUCAACAGACUGGAGAAACACUACCUUGACAUCCACACUGUCCUUAAGGCUGAGCAAAAAAACAUGGUGGAAAAACUGGAGACAUGGGUGCAGCUUUUUGUUUCUCUUAUUGGUCAGCAUACUGGAGCAGCUGAGACUUACAAGUACACCCCCCCCGAUGUUUUCAUUGGCUACCACUCCGAUACCUGUGCUUCUGUGAUUCUUCAAGUGAUGGAGGAGCAGAAGGACAAUUUGGAAACUUCAGAUUCUGAGAGGGGACUGCUUGAUGAGGCGAAACUCAUACUACUCAAAUGUGCUACACCAGACUCUGUGGUGCGAUUGGACUGCACAGGCCUGCCAAAAGUGGAAAGUCAGCAUAUGGCCAAAGUGUACUUUGAGGAGCAGAGCAACAGCUGUUUAGCUGACUACAUCCAUGCUCACACAAGACAGGAGACAAGUAGCAGCACAUUCUUCACAGAGGUGACGACAUUCUCCAGACUUUUGACCGCGUUUGACAUGGAACCUCUGAAGAAAAUGUUUCACAGCGUGGAGCUUCUCUCUCUCCAACAGUUUGACACAGAGCACUCCUUCCUAAAAAAGAUAAGGAACUUCCUCACAGCUGAAAAUGGAGGCAGUUUGACUGGACCAUGCAAUCGAAUCCUCAUCAUUCAGUGUAAUUUUGAUGAACCCUCUGAGAGCACCAACCUGAUUGCGUCUGCAAAGUAUUCAUCACUAAAUGAGAUCAACAAGUUAACACAGGAGAGCACAGGAAGAAAGGUGUUUGUCUACUUUAUCACAAGGUUGCCAAGAAUGGAAGGAGGGACUUCUUACAUUGGUUUCCAUGGAGGCCCUUGGAGAUCAGUUCAUAUAGAUGACCUCAGAAGGUCAAAGGACAUUGUUUCAGACAUCAAGACCUUGCAAAACAUGAAAAUCAGUCAAAUGUUUGAAACAAAAGCAACUCAGCCUGAAGCUAUGGAGACUGAUGACAUGUACACAGAGAGUGAGCAGGAAGAGUUGGAAGAAAGCGGCUUGGAAAAUGUUGUGGACACCACAUCGUUGCUUCGGAGCUGUGUGCAGGCUGCUGUCGGCAUGCUAAGAGACCAAGCCACAUGUGGCUUCCGCAGCACUCGGAGGGUUGAGAUCCUUUUGGCUCUCCUGAGUAACAAUGAUGAAAUAAAAGAGGAAUUUCUUCAAACAGUGAAAAGGCGUCUUCACUCAUUGUUACUGAUUCAUGAUGGGAACACAUUAUCCAAGAGCGACUGGGUACUCAAAGAGGCUUCAAACAUCGAUGCCUUGCAGGAAGGAGGCACUUUCAGACACACCUUAUGGAAGCGUGUUCAGGCUGUGGUAGUCCCCAUUUUGGCACAUCUAGUUUCAGUGAUUGACCGGGACCAAAACAUGGAUCUCCUGCUUGAUAAAAACUCCUCUGAGUUGGUGAAGAGAUUGUGGUUGGAUAUCUUUAGCAAUGAAAAACUGCUGGAAAUCUCACACUUAAUGAUGGAUCCUAGCUCUGAGACAAGAACGAUCCUUGUUCAGAACUACAUUGCUCAAGACAGGAACAUGUGCUGCAGCAUGCCCUUCAGCUGGAGAAUUAAGGACUAUUUAGAGGAACUUUGCAUUUAUGCCCUACAGAAUGAAGGACACACUGAAUUAGAAUUUCUUGAGUUCUUUUGGAAAACACCGCUCGGCCGCUGCAUUGAGAAAGCCGAUUCAGAGACUCAGAUGGAGUUUUAUCAUCGCUACCUUCAAGAUUUCAUCUUUAUGUCAAUGAAUGUCACUUCUCCAGAAGAUCUGCAGCUUCUCUGUGGUGCCUUGAAUAGUUGUGUCAGUGAACUACGACUACAGCUGAAUGACACUGAGAAUGUGACAGCUCUUCCAUGGGUUCAUGCUGCUUAUCACAAGUUUAAAAACCGGCUGCAGAAUCUCUCCCGAAUGAUGUGUAUCGAACCCCAGGUGACCAACGACCUCCUUGGGAAUCCACAUGCAGGAGACAACAUUGAACUUGUCCUCGACAUUUAUGCUGCUUUUGCAUGUUUGGAGCACUUGGAGCCCAGAUUGCUGGACACUGAUGCUCAAAGACAAGGGUGGCUCAGGCAGGUGAAGAAACUUCAGGUUCCUAUUGAACUAAUCUGUUCAGAAGACAGUGUGAGGCAUUAUGGAGAGAGGAGCAAGAUGAUAGUCAACAGAGUCCAAUCCGGAUGGAAUCGCAUAUUUUCUCUCUCUUUAUUCGUGGAGCACAUGUUGCUGGAAAUAGAGGAGCUGGACAAGAAGCUCACACCUUUAGUGUUGGAGAGUAUGCGAGGGCUUGGCAAGAUUCUUGAAAAAAAUUCCGAAAUCAAAACUCAGCAGAUUUUUGAGGCAGUAAUUGGUUUGCUGAAAAACUGCAAAGAUGGAGCUGUGGAUCGCAUUUUCAGGUUCGGUCACAUGCUGUGUCCAGUUUGCAUGGGAGACCCCCAAGAUCCACUCUGCCUGCAAUGUAACCACAUCUACUGUGUAGCUUGUAUCAAACGCUGGCUGGUCCCCGGUCAGAUGUACUGUCCCCUUUGCAUGGAUCCAGUUCAAGAAAACUUCCCCUUGGUUCCCUCAAAUGAUAUCAAGAUUCUUGUCAGCCAGCAUGCCCAGUUCAGAAAGCGGUGCAACGCUUUCUUCAUAGACCUGGUGUCUACCGUGUGCUUCAAGGACAACUCUCCACCGUGUCCAACGGUCAUUCUUCAUUUGCUAUCUUUCCUAAUGGUGGAGGCCAGCCCGGUUCCUAUCCUUAGAGUCAAUCGACAAAUGCUGACAAAAGUGCUCUCUCCGUUUGAUGACUCAGUUGAUAAAAAUCCUGUUGUUCGCUCAGUGGUGCUCAAACUUCUGAUGAAGUAUAGCUUUGAUGAAGUGAAGAGAUAUUUGCAGAAGCAUCUAGCGGCUGUUGAGCAGAGCAACCUCUUGGAGGAGGCAGACAAAACUGAACUCUACUGCUUGUACAUUAACUGUCUGGAGGAUUCCAUGUUUGAGAAGCUCCAGAUCAGGUCUGCUGCAGAUCAGAAGGCGUAUUUACAAAAUGAAAGUGCUUUCCUGACUGAGUAUCUGCAAACGCACAGUCAGCAUGCUGAAAAGCCGACUGUGGAGUACCUGCAGCAGUUGGCCAGAGUGCGUAUGGACCUGGAUAUGGCUGCUAGCCUGAUUGCGGAACAAUUGAGAGCAACAGCCUCUCCCCAAGGUGGUCAAAAUGGAACCGCAGCCUUUCUGGAUAGUGUGGUGAACCUGUGCAGGCGGAGUCGGAACGACUGGUAUCGUGUCUAUUUGAUCCGCAAGAUCUGCAGCCAACAUGGAGUGGAGUUUGUCCAGAAACUUCUUAGGCGGGGUCAGAUGGGUUGGCUGUUCCCUGAAGAAGUUCAGCAGCAGAAUGAAGAGACCCCCCCAGCAGAUCACUAUCUAGUGUGUGGAGAAGAUUACAAGAAAAUCAGAGAAGCUGUUGCAAAGAUGGUUAUGGAAGGCAAAGUAGAAGGACUGGAAGAGGCCUGUGAGGGCUGCAGAUGUCUACCACAAUUGAAAGCAGUUUACCUUCUGUUAGCGCUGUACAGAGAAAUCACCACUCUGUAUAGGCAAGCUAAUGAGGUAUUCCAUCCCAAGCCGCAGCAACUUGAAGCCCUUGAAGCUUACAUCCAGAAAUCCAACAUCCUUGCCAGUGCAGAGGUGAAGACCUUUGCGCAGGCUCUGGUGACCAACAGAAUGGGGCCUCUUUCUGUUCGUCCUGGCACCUCCGGGGCCCAAAGCGUCGCAGUGGAAUUAACUGUUCAUUUAGCUGCCAUACUGUUCUGUGGAAACCAGGCGAUCUUAGCUCCACUGCAGCAGCUAGCACUGACACCUGCCAACAUGCAGGCAGCGUUUUUGCCUUCUAUGCCAGAAGAUAUGGUAGCAGCAGCUCAACAAGCUCUGGGUCCACUGCAGUGGUACUGUUGUCCAAAUGGUCAUCCCUGCACCAUCGGGGAGUGCGGCCAGCCAAUGCAAACAAGUCGCUGCGUCGACUGUGGUGCUGUAAUUGGAGGAAGUGACCAUAGGCCUGUGCAGGGAUUUCAGGUUCUUCCCUUGCAAGGUGACCGCACCCAGACAGGCCACAUCCUCGGUGAUCCAAGUCGCCGGAACAAUCCAGAUAUGCUGGACACAAAGAACAUUUCACCCGUUCCCUUUACUAUUGUUCGAAUGCUCACACACAUGGCGAUGCUGCUCGGGGCCUGUAAUCACACACAGUAUAUCUCUGCGAUCAUCAAACCUCCAGUUGCAGAGCCUGCUGCAUUCCUGCUUGCUCACCUGAGAAGAGAUAUAGAACAUCUGAUCAGGUCUCUGGGUAAGGGGACCGAUGACAUAAUCACAGCAGUUCACCUGCUAAUCAGCAGCUUGCUGGGACCCCACCAGCAGCAGAAAUGGCCAGUUCCUUAUGACAAUCAGCUUUCAAAUAAAGAGGCCAGAAACGGAUGGGAGUUGGAAAUGAGCAAUGCUGUCAUCACACCUCAGCUAAAGCACUUGGAUAGACAGCUGAAAGAAGUGAACACCUUCAUCCGGGCAGACUCACGCAUCUCUGCCAACCCAAUCAUGAAGCUAGUGUUUGGUGAUCCUCGUCUCUUAUUGGUCUCCCUGCCACAGAGGUCUCUGCUCCACUGUUCUGCCGUGUGGAGCUGCAGGGAGAAAGUGUGUGUCAUGAGCCUUACUCACAUCCUAGAGCAGAACGAGGGCAAAGACACUGUGCCUGUGCUGUGGAGAUUUCUGCACAGGGAAGCAGAGCUCCGCCUGGUGAAGUACCUCCCUGACAUCCUCACACUGCAGAAGGAUCUGGUCAAGAAGUUUCAAAACAACACUGAGCUGACUUGUGACACCAUCAGUGAAUUUCUUCACAGUCAGAAAGCUGCUUCCCUUAAAGCCUGGUAUGAGAAAUACAUCAACAUCUUCUUAACAACCUGGAACCAGCUUAGAGUGUCUCUGACAACCAAUGGUGAGAUUAAGAUCCCAAAUGAGUUCUGCCAGAACGACCUGGACUUGAACAGUGACUUCAAGGUGCUUUUACCUCAGCGACAGGGUCCAGGCCUGUGCUCCACAGCUCUUAUCAGCUACCUAAUUGUUCUGCACAAUGACCUCGUCUAUUGUGUGGACAAGCACACCGGAGAGGAGACCAGCUACAAAGUGAGCCCAGCAGAUCUCACUGAUCUGCAUGUGAUCCGUUAUGAGCUGGAGCGGGACUUAAUGCCCCUGGUUCUGUCCAAUACCCAGUACAGCAUCGAGAAGGGCCAGGAGACCCUUUAUGAAUAUGAUUUGCCCAAGAUCCAGCAGCAGAUCAUCUCCCACUUUCUGCUGGGAAAACCUCUCAUCACUGUCGAUGGCAUUCCUACACUGGUCAACAGGCAUGAUCGCAACUAUGAGAUAAUCCUCAAAGAUGUUAAAGCCAAAGUCAAGCAAGAGCCCCUGCAGACCCUCUCCCUCUUCUCCGUCGCUGGGGAGUUGCACUCCUAUAGCGAGGUGUGCGAGGCCUUGUCCACGCUGGAAGUGGUGCUCGGCUUCCUCGCCAUGACUGGGGGAGAACCCCACAUCCAGUUGUCCUGCUACCUGGAGGAGGUUCUGCAGAUGGGAGACCAGAUGGCUCAGCAUAUUGUCAAGGCUUUCAGCAUGUGUUGUCUAAAGCAUUGUGUAGCUCUGUGGCAGCUGCUGGCCUCACUUAAAUCUGAAAAUAUGCUGCGGCUCAAGAGGGACCCAUUUGCGGGAGUCUCAGAGAAGUACAAGGAGCCACUGGGUGAGGAAGAGCACAGGCUGCUAACUGCCUUCUUCUCCAAGAACAGCGCUGACACUUUCCUGUUAGAGAUGCACGAGUUCUUGGUUCUGGUCCUCAAAAAGCCAAAUGAUCCUGAUACCUACAGGCCUGAUUGGGGCUUGAAAGACACUCUGGUGUCUUACAUGGAGCGGAAAGACAUGGACAUACCCCCAGAUGUGGAGGACCACUUCCCAGAGGAACUCUGCCUGUCCCAUUAUGUUGAAGCCUGGAAGUUCAUCAUUGCCUUUAAGCAGGAGCGUGGUCAGAGACAAUGAAGACAUCAGGAACAAAAAUCCUCUGUUUGUUGCCUUCUUACCCACAUUUAUUUUUACUUGUUAAAGUAUCAGUGUUGUUUCAUUAUAUUUUUGCACAUGAAUCUAAAAGAUGUGCCUUUUUAGGAGCACUGAGUGCCAUGGAAUAAAUGUGUCAUUUAUAUUUCUGAAGAUUUGAACUUUGGGGAAUUUUCUGUUUUGUAUUUUUCUCAGUAAGGAUCAAGAAAUAUUUCUAUUGUUUAGGUGUCUUUAAUUGCACUUUAUGUCCUGACUCACAAUGAGAAUAAGAAAUGAUGUGGGGUAGAUGUAGAGAUGUAAACUGAACAGAUGUCAAACCCUUAAGUAAUGAAGAGUAAUGUCUUUCACUUGCAUUGAUUUGCUUUUACCACUAUUCAGUUUUUCCAAUGCUUUUGCAAAUGACGAUUAUCCAUUUUCAACACUGCUGUUCAACAUUCCAACUAUUAAAUCCAUUAUCGUUUUUUUCUUACAUUUUUUUCUUAGGAAAAUUAACAAAGCAAUCAUUGUUUCAUUUAUUCUGUUUGUGAUAAAUCUUCCCAAAUUUGCUGUGUCAGUGCUUUGCAUCAUUAUCUGUCAUAAUAGUAUGCCAUAAAAGGUACCUUAUAA